AUGAAUGGCUUUUCUAUGUAUAAUGGAAUCUCUGCAUUCUUGUGCCACUGUUUCUUUACUAUAUAUUGUGUCAAUAAAAAAAGAUGUAACAGAAGAGAUAUUGUUUUUGAAUGUGGUCCUUCUUGUAAUACCUCGAAUUUUGUCCUUGAGGCUCUUUGUAAACAAUGUGGUGACUUUAUCACCUCAAAUCCACAACCCUACUAUAAAAGGUCUGAAAUUUAUAGUAGGUUUGAAGUUUAUACUAGAACUUCACCUCCCGGUAUACUCAUUUGGGCCCAUCACCAUCCAGAUGAUGAUGAGGGAUUAAUGAUUUGA